GCAAAAUAAAGCGCGCCACGGGACUUGUCUAGCAGGAAAUCCAUGGUUCAAUACAACUCGUGAAAAUGGCUAAGAAUGACGAAGGAAGUGGACGCCCGUUGCCAAUCAAAGUUCUCUCUGGUCAGUUAAGAGAUGGGACUUGUAAAGUACUGAAUGACAACAUGGAAUGUAGCGUCAGAGUCUCCAAUAGUCGUUCAAUCUCCGUUUCAAUGGUGUGGAUGCAAGGGACCGUUCUGGAAGCUAAAUUGGAUCGCAACAUGGUACUUCUUUUGGACGAGACGGGGAGUUUCGUUGUGCAGGGUGUAAACAACAUUCCAAAAGGCAAACCAUGCUUAUCCCAAGGUAAAUAUGUGAUGGUGAUGGGAGUUCUCCAAGCCACCUCGCCAGAACCAGUAAUCCGGGCAGUGAAGAUGGCAGACCUCACGAAAGAUGCCGCCAUCCACCGGAAGAUGUGGAAGUUGGAGGUGGAAGAUUUGCAGCAGCUUUCUACGUAGUUGCUGUGGUUUUUGGACUGAAACGGACACCUUUUUUGUGCAGCCUUUAAGCCCUUGAAACUGAUGGUUGGAUUCCUGAACAGAUAUAACGGUAGUAAUGCCUGAGCAGGGGAAACUCGGCAUAGCUUUAUGCAGUAAGUCUUUAAAACUAGACCAUGUGGCAUGGACCAAGACUUUACACAAGUUUAUGUUAAGGGUUAAGAAAAAGUUGCAUGUUACCCUGUUCUUUCAUUUGUUACCUGCUGAGUUAAUUCAUUUCCAAAUAGCUUAUGAACAGCAUGUAUUUGUUUAAUAAAAUUUCAUUUUUACUUAGGUUUACAAUACA